GAACUGUCAGAUACAAUGGUUUCUUGUGCUUCUCUGUUUUCAUGGACAACGCUCUCCUGUUGCAGGUGUCCGGAGGGCUUCCUGGGGGAGUACUGCCAGCAGCUGGAUCCCUGUGAGAGGACCAAAUGCCAGAACGGAGGGACCUGCGUGCCUCUGGCAUUGCAGGGCAAAGCCACGUGCCGCUGUGCUCCAGGCUUCACGGGUGAGGACUGCCAGUACUCCACCUCCCACCUGUGCUUUGUCUCUCGCCCCUGCCAACAUGGAGGCACUUGUCAAAUGCGUAGCCGAGACACCUAUGAAUGCAUCUGCCCAUCGGGCCGUACAGGAAAGCACUGUCAGUGGAUGGACGCCUGCUUGUCUCAGCCAUGUGCAAACGGGAGCACGUGCACCACGAUAGCAAACCAGUUCUCCUGCAGCUGCCCAGCAGGCUUCACGGGGCAGAAAUGUGACACUGACCUGAACGAGUGCGACGCUCCUGGGCGCUGCCAGCAUGGGGGUACCUGCCUCAACCUGCCGGGCUCUUACCAGUGCCAGUGCCUGCAGGGAUUCACCGGGCAGCAUUGUGAUAGCCCCUAUGUGCCCUGCUCCCCCUCCCCGUGUGUCAAUGGGGGGACCUGCCGGCAGACUGAUGACUUUACCUUCGAAUGCAACUGCCUGCCAGGUUUUGAAGGAACCACUUGUGAGCGGAAUAUCGAUGACUGUCCAAACCACAAUUGUAAGAAUGGAGGGGUUUGUGUGGAUGGAGUCAACACUUAUAACUGUCGCUGUCCUCCACAAUGGACAGGCCAGUUUUGCACAGAGGAUGUGGACGAAUGCCAGCUCCAGCCCAACGCUUGCCAGAACGGGGGCACCUGUACCAACCACAAUGGGGGCUAUGGGUGCGUCUGUGUCAAUGGCUGGAGUGGCGAUGACUGCAGUGAGAAUAUUGAUGACUGUGCCUUUGCCGCUUGCACCCUGGGCUCCACCUGCAUUGACCGUGUGGCUUCCUUCUCCUGCACAUGCCCAGAAGGAAAGGCAGGUCUUCUGUGUCACCUGGAUGAUGCAUGUAUUAGUAACCCGUGCCACAAGGGAGCCCUGUGCGAUACCAACCCCCUGAACGGCCAGUAUAUCUGCACCUGUCCCCAAGGCUACAAGGGCGCCGCCUGCACGGACGAUGUGGAUGAAUGUGCCAUGGCCAAUAGUAACCCAUGUGAACAUGCGGGAAAAUGUGUGAACACAGAAGGCGCCUUCCACUGUGAGUGUUUGAAGGGCUACACGGGCCCCCGCUGCGAGAUGGACAUCAACGAGUGCCAUUCGGAUCCUUGUCAGAACGAUGCUACCUGCUUGGACAAGAUUGGAGGGUUCACCUGUCUCUGCAUGCCGGGUUUCAAAGGUGUGCACUGUGAAUUGGACAUCAAUGAGUGUCAGAGCAAUCCUUGUGUGAACAAUGGACACUGUCUCGAUAAAGUCAAUCGCUUCCAGUGUGUCUGUCCUCCCGGUUUCACUGGAUCAGUCUGCCAGAUUGACAUUGAUGAUUGCUCCAGUACUCCGUGUCUAAAUGGUGCAAAAUGCAUUGACCAUCCCAAUGGCUAUGAAUGCCAGUGUGCUACAGGUUUCACGGGACUUCUGUGCGAGGAGAACAUUGACAACUGUGACCCCGAUCCCUGUCACCACGGCCAGUGCCAGGACGGGAUUGAUUCCUACACCUGCAUCUGCAAUGCCGGAUACAUGGGGGCCAUCUGCAGUGAGCAGAUUGACGAGUGCCUGAGCAGCCCCUGUUUGAAUGAAGGCCGCUGCAUCGACCUGGUGAACGGCUACCAAUGCAACUGCCAGCCUGGCACUUCAGGGGUGAAUUGUGAAAUUAAUUUUGAUGACUGUGCAAGUAAUCCCUGUGUUCAUGGGAUCUGUAUGGAUGGGAUUAAUCGCUACAGCUGUGUCUGUUUGUCAGGAUUCACAGGACAAAGAUGCAAUGUUGACAUCGAUGAGUGUGCCUCGAACCCGUGCCGCAAGGGUGCAACGUGCAUCAAUGAUGUGAAUGGUUUCCGUUGCAUCUGCCCAGAAGGACCUCACCAUCCCAGUUGUUAUUCACAAGUGAAUGAAUGCCUCAGCAAUCCCUGCAUCCAUGGGAAUUGUACAGGUGUCGCCAAUGGGUACAAAUGCCUCUGUGAAGCAGGCUGGGUUGGAACCAAUUGUGAAGUGGAUAAAAAUGAAUGUCUCUCCAACCCUUGCCAGAAUGGAGGAACCUGUGACAAUCUGGUGAAUGGAUACAGGUGUACCUGCAAGCAGGGCUUUAAAGGUUACAACUGUCAAAUCAACAUCGAUGAAUGUGCUUCAAAUCCUUGCCUUAAUCAGGGCACCUGCACUGAUGAUAUAAGCGGCUAUACUUGUCAUUGUAUGCUUCCAUAUACAGGCAAGAACUGUCAGAUGGUGCUGGCCCCCUGCAACCCCAACCCAUGCGAGAAUGCUGCCAUUUGCCAAGAAUCUGCAAAUUUUGAGAGUUACACUUGCCUCUGUGCUCCUGGCUGGCAAGGGCCUCGAUGUAACGUGGACAUUGAUGAGUGUGUCUCCAAGCCCUGUAUGAACCGCGGCAUCUGCCAUAACACAGAGGGAAGCUACCUCUGCAAGUGUCUACCUGGCUUCACAGGGGUGGACUGCGAAGAAGACAUCGACGAGUGCCUUGCUAAUCCCUGUCAGAAUGGUGCUACCUGUGUAGACGGAGUGAACUCCUUCUCGUGCCUUUGUUUGCCUGGGUUCAAUGGCGAUAGAUGUCAGACAGACAUGAACGAGUGUCUGAGUGAACCCUGCAAGAAUGGAGGCACUUGCUCUGACUAUGUCAACAGUUACACAUGCAGAUGCCAGGCGGGGUUCGAUGGCCCUCACUGUGAGAACAACAUUGAUGAGUGCACUGAGAGUUCUUGCUUCAAUGGAGGCACGUGUGUGGAUGGAACCAACUCCUUUUCUUGUCUGUGUCCUGUGGGUUUCACUGGUCCAUUUUGCCUUCAUGAGAUCAAUGAAUGCAACUCCCACCCAUGUCUGAAUGAGGGCACCUGUAUUGAUGGUGUGGGGACCUACCGCUGCAAUUGCCCAUUGGGCUACACAGGGAAAAACUGUCAGACCCUUGUGAACCUCUGUAGCCGGUCACCAUGUAAAAAUAAAGGCACCUGCAUUCAGAGAAAAGCAGAGUCCCAGUGUUUAUGUCCGUCCGAAUGGACUGGGGCUUAUUGCGAUGUUCCCAACGUCUCCUGUGAAGUCGCUGCAUCCCGCAGACGAGUGUCUGUUGAUCGCCUGUGUGAACACUCUGGGACUUGCAUUGAUGCUGGCAACACUCACCAUUGCCAGUGCCCCCUGGGCUACACAGGAAGCUACUGUGAGAAACAGCUGGAUGAAUGUGCUUCUAAUCCUUGCCAACAUGGAGCCACUUGCAGAGAUUAUGUUGGAGGAUAUAGAUGUGAGUGUGUACCAGGAUACCAAGGUGUCAACUGUGAAUAUGAGGUUGAUGAAUGUCAAUACCAGCCAUGCCAGAAUGGAGGGACUUGCAUUGACCUGGUCAACCAUUUCAAGUGUUCCUGUCCACCAGGCACUCGAGGCCUUCGGUGUGAAGAGAACAUUGAUGACUGUGCCCCGGAUGCCGGAGGCCCCCACUGCCUCAAUGGGGGGCAGUGUGUGGAUAAGAUCGGGGGCUACACCUGCCGAUGUCUUCCUGGCUUUGCUGGUGAGCGUUGCGAAGGGGAUAUCAAUGAGUGCCUCUCCAAUCCCUGUAACCCCGAAGGCAGCCUGGACUGCAUCCAGCUCAUCAAUAACUACUCCUGCAUCUGUCGGAGCACCUUCACUGGCCGACACUGUGAGACCUUCGUGGAUGUCUGUCCCCAGAUGCCCUGUCUGAACGGAGGGGUUUGUGCCGUUGCCAGCAACACCCCCAGCGGCUUCAUCUGCCAUUGUCCUCCGGGCUUCUCAGGGGCAAGAUGCCAGAGUACCUGUGGACACAUGAAGUGCAAGAAAGGGGAGCAGUGUGUGCACACCACCUUGGGGCCCCGCUGCUUCUGCCCCCGGCCCGAGGACUGCGAGACGGGCUGCGCCAGCAGCCCCUGCCAGCACGGCGGCAGCUGCUCCCCUCAGAAGAAGCCCCCCUACUACACCUGCCAGUGCCCCCCGUCCUUCUGGGGCAGCCGCUGUGAGUUCUCCGCGGGCCCCACCAACAGCCCCCCGCCCACGUGCCUGAGCCAGCACUGUGCCGAGAAGGCUCGGGACGGCGUCUGCGACGAAGACUGCAACAGUCACGCCUGCCAGUGGGACGGGGGAGACUGUUCGCUCACCAUGGAGGACCCCUGGGCCAACUGCUCCUCCCCCCUGCCCUGCUGGGAUUACAUCAACCAUCAGUGCGACGAGCUGUGCAACACGGCCGAGUGCCUGUUCGACAACUUCGAGUGCCAGGGGAGCAGCAAGACGUGCAAAUACGACAAAUACUGUGCUGACCACUUCAGUGACAACCACUGCGACCAAGGUUGUAACAGCGAGGAGUGUGGCUGGGACGGGCUGGACUGCGCCACCGACCAGCCCGAGAACCUCGCGGAGGGCACCCUGGUCAUUGUGGUGCUGCUGCCCCCGGAGCAGCUGCUCCAGGAUGCCCACAGCUUCCUGCGGUCCCUGGGCACUCUGCUUCACACCAACCUGCGCAUCAAGCGAGAUGCUCAGGGGGCUCUCAUGGUGUUCCCCUAUUACGGCGAGAAGACCCCGGCCAACCUGAACAGAAAGUCCAUGAUAAACAGGAGAUCUCUCCCCGACGAGCAGGAGCGGGAAGUGGCAGGCUCCAGAGUAUUCCUAGAAAUUGAUAACCGCCAGUGUGUGCAAGCGUCAGACCAGUGCUUCAAAAACACGGAUGCCGCCGCAGCCCUGCUGGCCUCCCAUGCCAUCCAGGGCACCCUCUCCUACCCUCUCGUGUCCGUCUUGAGUGAGUCUCUGGAGACCAAACCAACCCAGCUUCUCUACCUGCUGGCUGUGGCCAUCCUCAUCAUCCUCUUGGUGAUCCUGCUGGGGGUGAUCAUGGCAAAACGCAAGCGUAAGCACGGCUCGCUCUGGCUGCCCGAGGGGUUCAUCUUACGGCGGGAUUCCAACAACCACACGCGCCGGGAGCCCGUUGGACAAGAUGCGAUGGGACUGAAAAGCCUGUCGGCCCAAAGGUCAGAGGGUAACUUAAUCGACUCCAGCACCAACGAACAUUGGGCUGAUGAUGGCGCACCCCAGCCCAAGAGAAGCAAGGCUGAAGACCAAGCUUUACUUUCAGAAGAAGGAGACCCAAUAGAUAGACGCCAGUGGACACAGCAGCAUCUCGAAGCUGCGGAUAUUCGGAGGACCCCGUCUCUAGCCCUCACCCCACCGCAAGCCGAGCAAGAGGUGGAUGUGCUGGACGUGAACGUCAGGGGGCCAGACGGCUGCACCCCGCUGAUGCUGGCGUCCCUCCGAGGAGGCAGCUCUGACUUGAGUGAGGAUGACGAAGAAGCGGAUGACUCUUCAGCCAACAUCAUCACAGACCUGGUUUACCAGGGGGCCAGUCUCCAGGCCCAGACCGAUCGGACCGGGGAGAUGGCUCUGCACCUGGCAGCUCGCUACUCGAGGGCAGAUGCUGCCAAACGCCUCCUGGAUGCGGGGGCAGACGCCAACGCCCAGGACAACAUGGGGCGGUGUCCCCUUCACGCCGCGGUGGCUGCUGAUGCUCAAGGUGUUUUCCAGAUUUUGAUCCGUAACCGUGUGACAGACCUGGAUGCUCGGAUGCAUGAUGGGACAACGCCGCUGAUCUUAGCUGCCCGUCUGGCCGUAGAAGGGAUGGUGGCUGAGCUGAUCAACUGCCAAGCAGAUGUUAAUGCAGUGGACGACCACGGGAAAUCUGCUCUCCACUGGGCAGCUGCUGUCAACAACGUGGAGGCGACUUUGGUGUUGCUGAAGAACGGGGCCAACAGGGACAUGCAGGACAACAAGGAGGAGACGCCGCUUUUCCUCGCAGCUCGGGAGGGCAGCUACGAAGCAGCCAAGAUUCUGCUGGACCAUUUUGCCAACCGGGACAUCACCGACCACAUGGACCGCCUGCCCAGGGACGUGGCUCGGGACCGCAUGCACCAUGACAUCGUGCGCCUUCUGAACGAGUACAACGUGGCCCACAGCCCCCCCGGGGCCAUGCUGACCUCGGCCCUCUCGCCCGUCAUCUGCGGAGCCAACAGGUCUUUCCUCAACCUGAAACACACGCCGGCGGGCAAGAAGCCCCGGCGCCCCCACGCCAAGGGCGCCGUGCCCACCAGCCUGCCCAACCUAGCCAAAGAGGCCAAAGAUUCCAAGGGAGGGCGGCGGAAGAAGUCCCUGAGCGACAAGGGCCAGCUCUCGGAGAGCUCGGUGACCCUGUCCCCGGUGGAUUCCCUGGAGUCCCCCCACACCUAUGUCUCCGACACCACGUCUUCCCCCAUGAUCACGUCGCCCGGGCUCCUGCAGGCGUCGCCCAGCCCGAUGCUGGCCCCCGCCGCGCCGGUCCACGCCCAGCACGCGGUGUCCUUCUCUAACUUACACGAGAUGCAGGCCCUGCCCCACGGGGCUAACCCCGUCCUGCCCUCGGUCAGUCAGCUGCUGCCCCACCAUCACCUGGCCCCGGCUGGCGGCGGCGCCGGCGGCUCGGGCAGGCUGCACCCGGUCGCCGUCCCGGCUGACUGGAUGAGUCGGAUGGAGAUAAACGAGAGCCAGUACAACGAGAUGUUCGGGAUGGUUCUGGCCCCGGCCGAGGGGGCCCACUCUGUCCUGGCCGCGCCGAGCCGGCCGGGGCAGCCUGACGGGAAGCACGUGGCCCCCUCCCGAGAGCCGCUGCCUCCCAUCAUGACUUUCCAGCUGAUCCCCAAAGGCGGCAUUGCCCAGCCCGCUGGGGCCGCCCAGCCUCCCGCUUGCCCUCCGGCUGUGGCUGGCCCCCUGCCCACCAUGUACCAGAUCCCUGACAUGGCUCGUUUGCCAAGCGUGGCAUUUCCCACGGGCAUGAUGCCGCAGCAGGACGGGCAGGCUGUCCAGACUGUCCUCCCUCCCUACCACCCGUUCCCCAGCUCUGUGGGUAAGUACCCCACGCCCCCCUCCCAGCACAGCUAUGCUUCCUCGACCGCCGCCGAGCGGACGCCCAGCCACAGCGGUCAUCUCCAGGGCGAGCACCCUUACCUGACCCCCUCCCCAGAGUCUCCUGACCAGUGGUCUAGCUCGUCCCCGCACUCCGCCUCCGACUGGUCCGACGUGACCACCAGCCCCACCCCCGGGGGCUCGGGCGGAGGCCAGCGGGGGCCCGGGGCGCACAUGGCCGAGCCCCCCCCACGCACCAACAUGCAGGUGUACGCGUGAAAGGGCGACCCCCGGGGCCGAGACUGAACUGACGGGCACGUGGUCAGUGCUGCUGAUGAACAAAUGAAGGUCAUCCAGGAUGAAAAUGAAGAAACUCUGGAAAUGGUUCUCCCGGAGGGAGGGACUCUCCGCGCCCUCCGACGUUAAGUGGAGACGUCGUUGCCUAUCUGUCAGGGGGCAUGGCUUUCCUGGGAGGUCAGGGCUCCUUCCCGCCCACCAAGCCAUUUGGGAACUCAGAACUGUCGAUCGGACCGUGCAUAAUCUUUCCCUUUUGGGACCCGCCAGGUUUUCCGAUUACGGUCUCUCCUUUUUCGCAACUUGAAAUAUGUGCGAAGCCCUGAGUUCCUGCAGCUUCUGCGGUUUGACCAGAAGGCAGAAGUCCCCUCAUGAGAACUUGCGCCUUCCAAAAAAAGGCUUUUCUUGCCGUAACCUUAGACAUCCCUUCCCUUGUUAGGUGCUUGCGUUUCUGCACCUUCUUAUCAGUAGUUCUCGCGCCACAUGUCUCUCCUGUGGUCUAGCCACAUCUGUAUAUGUUCUCGAACUAUAUAUAUGUAUUUAAUGCUUUUAAUCAUUCCUGCCCAGAAAGAUGAAUUUAGUCUCCUCUUUGCAUCUCCAAAUGCCCCCAGGAGCCCCAUAGGGUUUAUUUUGGUUAUAUGUUUACCACAACUUUGCAAAGUAUAUUUCUUCAAGGAAAGUCAAUACAUUGUCUUUUAGCCAGAGGGAGGAUGGAGGGGUGAUAUGUUUUUAUUGCAAGGGGAAUGAAAAUGUUUCCUGUUUUCCCAUCUGCUUACCAAGUGUCAGCCACUGUCAGUGGGGGAGAGUGGUCAGGGCGACAUAAAUACACGUGGACAAAAGGAGAAAGGACCUCUCUUGUUUCUGGCUCUCUGCAUCCAGUGGGUGUUUGGCCCACUCUCCUUACUCACUGCGAGAAGUUUGAGCCUUCUUCUGCCAUAUUCUUUUUCUAUUUCAUCUUCCAGCUAAAAGUUCUCUACCAGACUCAUGGCUGUUGGACUCUUCCUGCUGUUCACCUCUCCAUGAAGAAGCCCAAGGUCAAAACACCCUGUGUGACCUCCCUGCUCAGUGCUCCCUUCAUAAUCUUCUCUCUAGUUCCAGGUCCUUAGGCUAGUUUUCCCUCAUAUACUUAGUUGUUUUAUUCUAUGUGUACCUUUAAGCUUUCCAUCUCUCCAGGGAAAAAAUGGUCUGUUCUCAGCCCAGUCCCCCAAAAUUUGUAAUGUGAACCUGUGGGAAGCAUGUUGGGCCAUGGCAGCUGCUCUUUUUGGAGACACCCCAAAUUAAUCAGUAUGUGUUUAGAGUAAGUAGAACAUCCCUUUUUGAAGACUAGUAUCUAGUCUUUCUGAAGGACCUUCCCUUCAUGGAUGCUAAGAAUGGCAAAUGUAUUUGCUUCCAUGGCUUUCGAAUUGUAAUUUCACCCCCAUUUAAAAAAAAUUCUCUAGGUCUGUCCCAGUUUUACCUUUGUCAUUGAUGCAUGGGCAGGCCAUCCAACCUCAAGCACUAACCAGCACUUAGACCUUCUUCAUGCUCUUUACUAGAUCAAUAUCAUAACCGUCAGCCUUAGCUGUAGGACUGGGAAUAUUUGGAAAUUUGUUCUUCCGACUGGUUAGAGGAAGCAGAUAAUCCCUGAUCCUGUAUGUAAAGCCAUAACAGACUCCUCACAUUUCCAGACCCUUGGGAAUUCAUUCUUCCAGGUCACUUUGUAGGUAUUCAUGGAUGAAUUAUCCAUUUGGUAAUAACUGCAGUCCUUAUUUCUAUCAAAUUCUAGAGGUGUUCUUGGGACUAUGCAGUAGCCUGAAGUAUCUAAUAUGACUGUAUGUGGAAACCUGCCCAUUUUGGGGGCAAUUAUGACUAGCAGCGGAUGACCAAAGGGUCCCACUAAAAUGUACAGCAAUAUUUAAAGCUGCCAAACUCCAUUAACUCUGUUUUUAGGCUGUGAGAGACUAAAUAAACCCCUGCUGGAAUGAGAAGACAUUCAGCUGAUUUUCCCUACCUUUCAAAGUCAUCAGUGAAAGAAAAGUUCUUGAAGGGCGAAUAUCAUUUUGGCUAACAGAAUAAAUCAAACACAAACUGAUCAAUGUCAGAGGCAAUUUGAUAAUUGCAUUAUUAUUUACCUACUUUAAAGGAAUACAUUGGUACUUCAUCUGGAAUGAUUUGAUGAUUCAAAACAUUACUGUCUAAUUUUCUGCCAGCGAAAGUGCCAGCAAUUUUAGAAGCCCAUUAAAAAAAUAUAGAUAAGCCUAAUUUUUUUCCUCCUUCCUUGAGCACCCCAUGUUUGGGGUCUUAGAGUUGUAUAGUAGGCAGUUAAAAACAACAAGGGUCCUCAGUGUGAGAACACUGCCUACCACCAAUUUUAACACCUUUGUUAGUGCUUAAAGAUCCCUUCUGUCUAUAUUCACAAGGUGUUUCUGAUUGUGAGAUUGAGAAACUCUUUCUCUGCAGUUUUUGUGAAGACUGCUUUCUUACAGAACACAAAUGCCUGUCCCCCAUCUGUGGUAUGUGAUUUUUAAAUUCCGGUGGUCAAACCUUUCUUCCUGCCCUAAAGAGCAGGAAUUUUGCAGCAGUCAAUUCUGACCUACAUUUUGAGGGAACUUCAAAGGGAAGAAGAGACUGUGAAUUGCACAUAUUGGUGCAGAUAAUCAGUGAUCAUGCUGCUUAGGUACAAUCCAUGAUUUUUAUUUCUGUUUUUCUGUAGUAAUGAACCAAAGGUAUAAUGUUCCUUUUUUUUUUUUUUUUUUUUUGCCUUAAGAACCGAAGUACAUUGAAUGUAUGGCGACUGGCUGGGGGGGAGGGGCAUAUCUGCUUACCUUGUUGUUUGUAUCCCCCAUGGAUAGCUUUUUUUGGUACUCUCUUGUUCCUCAGUUUCCCCUGUUUCUUUCUGUUAAUGGUGAUAUUACCUCUCUGUUUUAUGAAGAACCCAUAACCGUUAAAAUGACCGCAUUUUCCUGGUAACAAUCAAGAAGAUGCAUGCCUUGUUUUUACUUUUUUAAAAAUUUUACUCCAAAAGUAGUUAUGAGAUUUAUAUGAAAACAUUUUUAUCACAAAAUAAAAAGCUUAUGUGUCACAGUU